UACAAAUACUCUGAUUAUAUUAUUAACUUCCUUCGUAAUAUUAGUCACGUUUAUUACCAAUUACCCUUACUUUCCUACAACCUCAAUAUUAUUAUCCUUCGCCCUCGCAAAGCUAAAGAUGAACCCUGUAUUACUAGGAACAUUAAAUAA